AUGGACCAAUAUCAGUCAGAUUAUCGGUUGAUCGGGUUUCUUCUACUUGAGAACAUCAUACCUGUUGUUCUCCUUGCCGCAACGCCAAGGGGGUCUGUCUUACGCUAUCUAGCCAUACCAUGUAUGAUCUGGAUCGUGAGCCUGCUUCUAUACCCCGUCCAAAGACCAUCGUACCUAUCAGUCAACGGUCUUGGUGGAUCCGUAUGCUGCGUGUUCUCAGCUCUCGACUUUCUGCUGAUCAACCCUAAAGACGGGCGCAAUUUCGUCGACGCUGAUGGAAAGCCCAAGGGCUUUUUCUCUCGUCUGGUAGACGCCAGUCGACUUUUCACGUCUCCACGAGCCUUCGGAACGCCCAGGCAGGCGAAGAACACCCCCUCUUUGCCGGCGUACUAUGCAGAGAAAGAUCCGAACAAGAUCUCUCGGGCUCGCUACUUGACCCGAGAGAUUCCAAUUGCUAUUUGGCAAUACUUUGUUCUGGAUAUAUUAACCAUGCUAGCUGUAAAGGAUGCCAUGAACCAGAAAGAGAGCGGGAUGGUUGCCGUCUCUGGGAUUCAAUGGGAUCUCACUGCAGAGCAGUGGGUAAGCCGAGCUAUUUCGAAUUUGUUUGGUUGGUUCAUUGCGUCACGGAUUUUGAUUGGAUUUUACUGCCGCGUGGUUGCCAUUAUUUUCGUCGCCUGUGGACUUAGCUCCCCUUCGGAAUGCCCGCCGAUGUUCAGCACUAUGGCAGAUUCCUAUACACUAAGGAACUUCUGGGGGAAAUUUUGGCACCAAAUGCUACGACUUCCCUUCACGGCUGCUAGCAACUUUAUUACGCGAGAUGUUCUUGGUUUGCCCAAGCCUUCGGUAGUGGAGCGAUACUUCAAUGUGUUUCUAGUCUUCUUCUUUUCGGGCCUUCUGCACGCCUUAUCAGAUGUCUUGAGGAGUAUCUCACUACAGGAGUCCGGCGCCAUGUUCUUCUUCCUCUCUUUUGUUCUUGGAUACAUGAUUGAAGACGGCGUGACGGCUCUUUGGAAGCGAACACAAGGCACCCAAACAACUGGCGGUCCUCCACCACUGUGGCAAAGAGCUAUUGGCUUUUGCUGGGUCAUGGGAUGGUUAACAGUCACUUCUACCUUGUACUUUGGGCCCGCAACGGCGCGACCGGAAUGCCAGUUAGAAUUGGUCCCCUUCAGCGUUGCGGGGUCCACUUCCCUUCCAGUGCUGAGCAGUAUACUUCUUGUCAGUGGGAUUGCCUUGAAAAUGAUUCUCAAGGUUGAGAUUUGA